CCGAAGGCCUCGGCGAGGAACACGUUGGGCGUCAGGAGCCAGGCCAGGAGCGGCGUGUAGCGUGCAACAUCCAAAAGCGGAUCAAAUUUGUGGGACAUGGCACAAGGAAAUAAUUAUGGGCAAAGCAGCAAUGGGGUGGCUGAUGAAUCCCCAAACAUGCUGGUGUACAGAAAGAUGGAAGAUGUCAUAGCCCGCAUGCAAGAUGAGAAAAAUGGGAUUCCUAUUCGUACGGUGAAAAGUUUUCUUUCCAAGAUUCCCAGUGUCUUUUCUGGUUCAGAUAUUGUCCAAUGGUUAACGAAGAACUUAUCGAUAGAGGACCCAGUUGAAGCUCUGCAUUUGGGAACUCUGAUGGCAGCACAUGGCUAUUUCUUUCCAAUCUCAGACCAUGUUCUAACCCUGAAGGAUGAUGGCACCUUUUAUCGAUUCCAGACACCCUAUUUUUGGCCAUCAAAUUGUUGGGAGCCGGAAAACACAGACUAUGCUGUUUACCUCUGCAAGCGGACAAUGCAAAACAAAGCAAGGCUAGAACUAGCAGACUAUGAAGCUGAGAGUUUGGCCAGGCUACAGCGAGCUUUUGCUCGGAAAUGGGAAUUUAUUUUUAUGCAAGCUGAAGCACAAGCAAAGGUUGACAAGAAGAGAGACAAGAUAGAGAGGAAGAUUCUUGACAGUCAGGAGCGAGCAUUUUGGGAUGUGCAUCGUCCGGUGCCUGGCUGUGUAAACACUACUGAAGUGGAUAUAAAAAAAUCUUCAAGAAUGAGAAAUCCACAUAAAACAAGAAAGAUUAAGCACUGGCAAAUGCAAUUAGACAGACAUAGAUUAAAAAUGUCAAAAGUUGCAGAGAGUCUAUUAGCUUAUACAGAGCAGUAUUUGGAAUAUGAUCCUUUUCUUGUGCCCCCCGAUCCCUCAAACCCUUGGAUAUCAGAUGACACCACUUUCUGGGAACUGGAGGCAAGCAAAGAGCCAGGACAGCAGAGGGUGAAACGAUGGGGAUUUGGCAUGGAUGAAGCUUUGAAAGACCCUGUGGGAAGAGAGCAGUUUCUGAAAUUCUUAGAGUCAGAAUUCAGUUCAGAAAAUUUAAGGUUCUGGUUGGCAGUAGAAGACCUGAAGAAGAGGCCUAUCCGUGAAGUUCCCGCUCGCGUCCAAGAAAUCUGGCAAGAAUUUCUUGCUCCGGGUGCACCCAGCGCUAUCAACCUAGAUUCAAAAAGUUAUGACAAAACCACUCAGAAUGUGAAGGAACCUGGAAGAUACACGUUUGAAGAUGCUCAGGAGCACAUUUACAAACUGAUGAAAAGUGAUUCUUAUCCUCGUUUUAUACGAUCCAGUGCCUACCAGGAGCUGCUACAGGCCAAGAAAAAGGGGAAAUCGCUCACAUCAAAGAGGUUAACCAGUCUAGUGCAGUCCUACUAAAAGGAUCACCUUGUAGCAUGGAAGCAGACUCAAAUCAUUAUACAUACUUUGUAGCUCACUGAUUGCCUGACUCAGAGGACAGUAGAACAAGAUGUUGCAUGAGCAAGGACCUGACUUGUUUUCUUUUGUGUAUACUAAGGCAUUACAGACUCCGAGGGACUCUCUAGCCUUUCGAUGCCUCCAUUUCGAAAACUGUCUGCUCACUUCCUCCUUCAUAUCAAGCUGGAUCUGUGUCUUUUUAUUUUCUGCAAGCUCAAGUACAGUGAAAAAAAAGCUUCUGCUAGGCACAGUUUAUUAAAAAAAAUACGUCAAUCAAAAACUGGAAGAAAUGUAAAAAAUGCAUAUAUUAAUAAAUAUACAUAUGGCAUCACAUUUAUUGCACAAUAAAUUAGCACAGAAGGUUUCAUUUCACUGAUGUAUUCACAUUGAGAAAGAAAGCCUGUGUCUUUGUCUGUUGUCUGUAUAUUCUCUGUUAAUGUUUCUUGCAUUUAUUUUUAUACCAUAUUUAAAAAAAGAACACCUUUUACUCCAGAUGUAUUAAAGUUGAUCCUUUCUCUGUAAAUUUGUGUAUGUUUAUAUUGUUGUUUUAUCUUUCAUUAAA